AUGAGUUUACUUAUAAAAUGUUUCUUUCCACCCUCUAAAUAUUAUGCUUGUACAGGAUUCCAUCUAAUGGAAUCAAAUUUAUUUGUACUAACCCAAACUAUGGGCAAAAAGAAGAGAAGGAAGGUUGAGAGGGUCGUCAAGACUCCAGAACAAAUCGAAACAUCUUCCAGUAAUAUUAUUCGUCGACAAGAUAUGGUUGGGACACCGGAAACUCCCGAGUCCAUUUCUAAAACCAUAAAGGGUCAACUAAACUUAAUUUCUAAGGGCUACAUAACUAGAAAACACAUCGCAAGAUUCCGCAAAUACAAGGUUUGUUUACAACGUUUUAUUUUUAAGGCUUUACGAGAACUGGGCAAAACACACGAUUCUCCGAGAUCUCUCAAGAGCUCCUUCGUAACACCUCUUACUAGACUACAGCAUGAAUCUGAGCUCCCCAAAACUUUGAACCACACCAGGCACGAAUUUCCUCACACUUUACACUACAAGGUAGAUUGGUACGGGUCAUCUACCCCUUGUCCUUAUCCUCCUGAUAAUCGGUGUUACGUUUCAUUUAACUUUAAGGACUUGAAUCUAUCAUACAAGCAACUUGAAGGUUUGAAGGAGAUCCUAGGACCGAAAAGAUACGAUUUGAAGAGUGGAAUUUGUGUUUUGGAGUCGGAUUUGUUUGACAACUUGAACCAAAACGCAUCUUACCUAGGUAAACACAUAGCGUGUAUUAAUUUUAGGUGA